CCAAAAGUAAACAAAUAAAUAAAUUUAUUUUAAAAAGAGAAAUUUCCAGUUAAUUCUCUGGGAGAUAGCUCAUUGCCUUGACAUUUUACCCCCACCCCUUCUGUCACCUGUUUCAGUGUGGGUCAAAGGAGACAGUACAGCUCCUGGAGUCAGGUAUCUAGAAGGGACAUAGAAAAUUGUACGAUGGGAAUUACAUGAUUUGGCGCAAUUUUAGUUACUUAUCUGUAAAAUGGGGACAAUACCUAUCUCUCACACAAAAGUGGACCAAGAUACUGUGACAACCCUGAAGAAGAGCAGUUUGCUCCUGAACUACUGCCAGAUGUGCUGGAAAAACACUAUGGAUAUAAACUCUUCAUCCCAGAAAGGGACCUGAUUCCAAGUCAUACUAGAAAUUCAAAAAAAAAAUCCAAGAAAUAUUAGAAUAUGAGAGGUUGAUUAAUUAAUGAAAUAUCAAAAAUACCCCUUUACUAUUUUUUGGUUUAAUUUAUUAGAUUACUAUGUAUUUUUUGCAUUUUUGCCAAGAGUACCUUGUUAAAUAUCAAAAUUCUGCAACAUCAAUCUUUAGAGUUUUAAUAUCCUAAAUUGUAUUAAAAUUAUAAUCAAAGGAUUAUAGUGAGGAUUGUAUGAGACACCCAGGGCACAGGCUUGGUACAUGAUAGGCCCUAGAUUUCACUCAUUCAUGUAACAAGUAUGUACUGAGGUACUGUUACUACCUGCAGUGACUGAUGGAUGAAUGAAUGACUAUAAGGAGAAAAUCUGCGCAGAGGGACUAGAGAUCAAGGGGAGGGUCCCAAAGCCACUCCCAAGUACCCUACCUGGCUUUUGACCGCCGGCCGCGCGCGCUUGAUACGCCGGAUAUGACGUCACCCACUACCGUGGUUCCCAGAACUAGGCGGUGGGAGCGGAAAUUAACCCGGAGGGAGGGAGUGUGCAGACUGACCGGAAGUGGGCCGCGACGUUUACUGCCAGCUCCAGCUCCUGGGAGCAGGUCGAGAGGAGGGUGAGGAGGGCGGGUCAAGGGGCGGGGCCGCUUCAGGGGCGGGGCUUGCAGGCUGGCGGGCUGGGGGCGGGGAACUUCGUGCCUGCAGGACCCCGCCUGCCCAGGCGCCGGCGGUGGCGCGGCCAUGAAGCUGAAGCUGAAGAACGUGUUCCUCGCCUACUUCCUGGUGUCGAUCGCCGGCCUCCUCUACGCGCUGGUGCAGCUCGGCCAGCCAUGUGACUGCCUCUCUCCCCUGCGGGCAGCAGCAGAGCAGCUUCGGCAGAAGGAUCUGAGGAUUUCCCAGCUGCAAGCCGAUCUCCGCCGUCCACCCCCUGCCCCCGCCCAGCCCCCUGAACCUGAGGCUCUGCCUACUAUCUAUGUUGUUACCCCCACCUAUGCCAGGCUGGUGCAGAAGGCAGAGCUGGUGCGGCUGUCCCAGACCCUAAGCCUGGUGCCCCGGCUGCACUGGCUGCUGGUAGAGGAUGCUGAGGGCCCCACCCCGUUGGUCUCGGGGCUGCUGGCUGCCUCUGGCCUCCUCUUCACACACCUGGCGGUCCUCACCCCCAAGGCCCAGCGACUCCGGGAGGGCGAGCCAGGCUGGGUUCGGCCCCGAGGUGUUGAGCAACGGAACAGGGCCCUGGACUGGCUCCGGAGCAGAGGGGGUGCUGUGGCGGGAGAGAAGGAUCCACCCCCACCAGGCACCCGGGGAGUCGUGUACUUUGCUGAUGAUGACAACACCUACAGCCGGGAACUCUUUGAGGAGAUGCGCUGGACCCGUGGCGUCUCAGUGUGGCCAGUGGGGCUGGUGGGCGGCCUGCGAUUCGAGGGCCCUCGCGUACAGGAUGGCCGGGUCGUGGGCUUCCACACCGCGUGGGAGCCCAAUAGGCCCUUCCCACUGGAUAUGGCGGGAUUUGCCGUCUCCCUGCCCCUGCUGUUGGCGAAACCCAAUGCCCGGUUUGAUGCUACUGCUCCUCGGGGCCACCUGGAGAGCAGCCUCCUGAGCCACCUUGUCGAUCCCAAGGACCUGGAGCCACGGGCUGCCAACUGCACUCGGGUUCUGGUGUGGCAUACGCGGACAGAGAAGCCCAAAACGAAGCAGGAGGAGCAGCUGCAGCGGCAGGGCCGAGGCUCAGACCCAGCUGUCGAGGUGUGAUGGCGGCCCUCCACUGCCCACCACCUCAUCAGACACAGAUCUGUGGGACUGGAUCCCUGGCCUGCCCAGGAUGUGGUUUUCCAAGUCCUGAGCCCUCAGAGCCAGGGGCAGCCCCUCUGCCCCUUCAACCCCAGGGCGUGGCCCAGCUGCUUCUCCCCUCCCCCAGCUUGCCUUGUGGCACUGCUCACAGGCUAGGGACAAGCAGCCCUUGUGUUGAGCCAGAUGGGCUUGUCUGGGGCGGAGCAGAAAACAGAGUGUCUCGGGCGGGAGGGCGGCUGAGUGACUGGGUAACUUAUUGGGGCUGGGCAUGCACUGGGGGGCUGGAGGAGCUGGGCUGGACCCUCCCCACCUGAGCAUGCUGACCCCCCCCCCCCCGCCCCAACCUCCAGAAUAAAAACUCUCAACUUGGA